GGGGGGGGGGGGGGCCACUUGGAGUUUCGGGCAUACAAAGAGCCACUGUUUUUUCAACUCAUGACCGAGGAGCAAAUCGGAGCUGUAUAAUGACUACGGUCAAGAUUCUGUUUGGAUGAAUUUUCAAAUUGUCGGACUUUUCCAUUUUUCAUGUUUACAAGGCGUGGCAUUAUCGGCGCGGCAUUUUCAGAUUCUUUGUUUGGCCCUUUCUUUUGCAUCUUCUUCGAGUGGAAAUGGCCAACCACGGGACAAGGUUCUUCUCACUUGGCGAUGGACGAGCCGCGGGCUGGCGACGUACUUUGAUGCCAUGUCAUCCAGUUUCGGAUGAUUUAGAGUUUGGGGCUGUGUGUGGAGGAGGUUACUCUGCGUGGGAGACGCAGUGUUGAAGAUGACAGGGGAGUGAGCGGCUGAGGGGAUGAAGCUGGG